GCAAGGGGGUGGGUGGCGUUCAAAAUGGCGGAGCGGGGCGGGCGAGGUACCAGCAGCGGCGGUGACAGCAGCCUGGACAAGAGCAUCACUCUCCCGCCUGACGAGAUCUUCCGCAACCUGGAGAACGCCAAGUGCUUCGCCAUAGACAUCGGUGGGUCGUUAACCAAGUUGGCGUAUUAUUCAACUGUGCAGCAUAAAGUAGCAAGAGUGAGAUCUUUUGAUCAUUCUGGAAAGGAUAUAGAACAUGAAUCUCCAUAUGAAAUCACAGUUCAAGAGGAGAUCACAGCUCGACUGCACUUCAUUAAAUUUGAGAACACGUACAUUGAAACCUGCUUAGAUUUCAUUAAAGAUCAUCUUGUCAACACAGAAACUAAAGUGCUCAAAGCCACAGGGGGUGGUGCCUACAAAUUCAAAGACCUUAUUGAGAAGAAGCUGGGACUAAAGGUGGAUAAAGAAGAUGUAAUGACUUGCCUAAUUAAAGGGUGUAACUUUGUGUUAAAAAAUAUACCCCAUGAGGUGUUUGCAUACCAGAAAGAUUCAGAUACUGAAUUCCGAUUUCAGACAAAUCAUCCAAAUAUUUUCCCUUAUUUGCUAGUCAAUAUUGGCUCUGGGGUUUCUAUAGUGAAGGUGGAAACAGAGGACAAAUUUGAAUGGAUUGGAGGGAGUUCAAUCGGAGGGGGAACCUUCUGGGGUCUCGGAGCUUUACUCACAAAAACAAAGAAAUUUGAUGAAUUGCUGCAUCUUGCUUCAAAGGGACAGCACACAAAUGUUGACAUGCUGGUGAAAGAUGUGUAUGGUGGGGCCUACCAGACACUGGGGCUAAGUGGAAAUCUAAUAGCUAGCAGCUUUGGUAAAUCUGCCACAGCAGAUAAAGAAUUUUCUAAAGAUGAUAUGGCAAAGAGUUUACUGCACAUGAUCAGUAAUGACAUUGGACAGCUUGCCUGCCUCUAUGCUAAACUCCAUAACCUACACAAAAUUUACUUCGGAGGAUUCUUUAUUCGGGGUCACCCAGUCACUAUGCGCACAAUCACCUACAGUAUUAACUUCUUCUCCAAGGGAGAGGUUCAGGCAUUGUUCCUGAGACAUGAAGGCUACCUGGGAGCCAUUGGGGCAUUUUUAAAAGGAGCUGAACAAGACAAUCCCAACGAGUACAGUUGGGGAGAGAAUUAUGCUGGGAGUUCUGGCCUUAUGAGCACUUCACCCGAUCUCUGCCCCAUGCAACGUGCAAGGAGUGGCACGUUUGACAUGUUUGAAAUGGAUCGGUUGGAGCGACCGCUUGUUAACCUGCCCUUGCUAAAGGACCCAUCCACGUACAUCCCUGACACUGUUGACCUCACUGAUGAUGCCAUGGCCAGGAAAUAUUGGCUCACUUGCUUUGAGGAGGCUUUGGAUGGGGUAGUGAAACGUGCGAUAGCCAGUCAGCCAGACUCUAUGGAUGCAGCUGAGCGAGCAGAAAAGUUCCGACAGAAGUAUUGGAAUAAGCUUCAGACACUCAGACAGCAGCCUUUUGCCUAUGGCACCUUAACAGUUAGAAGUUUAUUGGAUACGAGGGAACAUUGUCUAAAUGAAUUCAACUUUCCAGAUCCCUAUUCAAAGGUAAAGCAGAAAGAAAAUGGCAUAGCGUUAAAAUGUUUUCCAAGCGUAAUCGAAUCUUUGGAUUCAUUAGGCUGGGAGGAGAGGCAGUUUGCUCUGGUGAAAGGACUUCUUGCGGGGAAUGUCUUUGACUGGGGAGCAAAAGCAGUCUCAGAAGUUCUGGAAUCUGAGCCACAAUUUGGAUUUGAAGAAGCCAAGGAAAAAUUGCAAGAGCGCCCGUGGCUAGAAGAUUCCUACAGUGAGUGGAUACAACGACUAAAGGAAGGUCCCCCUCAUACAUGUGCCUUAAUUUUCGCAGAUAACAGUGGAAUAGACAUCAUUUUAGGAGUCUUCCCCUUUGUCAGAGAGCUACUCUCUAGAGGUACAGAGGUUAUACUGGCUUGUAACUCUGGCCCUGCACUAAACGAUGUUACCUACAGCGAAUCCUUGAUUGUCGCUGAGCGGAUAGCAGCAAUGGAUCCCAUUAUCCAAUCUGCGCUGACGGAAGAGAGGCUGCUGUUGGUACAAACAGGUUCCAGUUCCCCAUGUUUAGAUCUGAGCCGGCUGGACAAAGGCCUGGCCCUGCUGGUCAGGGAGCGGAAGACUGACUUGGUUAUAAUUGAAGGGAUGGGCCGCGCUAUCCAUACGAAUUACUAUGCAGUUCUGCAGUGCGAGAGCCUCAAACUUGCCGUCAUCAAAAACUCAUGGUUGGCUGAUCGGCUGGGCGGGAAAAUCUUCAGUGUCAUCUUUAAGUAUGAAGUGCCACGCAAGUGACUGGGGCUGGAGGCCUGAAGCGUGGCAGCAAUGGACUUGCACUAGUUUUACUUUAAUUGUAAAGAAUGUAUUUUUAUUACGACAGGGAAAAUGAGUUCACAUGAAAUUCCAUAUUUAUAUUGUGCUUUGUGACUUAAAGCAACAAUAUUCAUUAUAUAAAAAAAAUAUACACCCAAAAUAUAUAUGUAUAUCACUCACUGUUUAUUUUGGUAAGUGUUUAUUUUAAUGCUGCAGUAUUUGUGAUGGAAAGACUUUAUUUUUUUGUUCUGUGAGACAUUCAUAUAGAAAUAUAUUUAAAUGUCUAUGAAAUCUUUUUAUAUAUCUCUGCUUACUAUGCCAGCAGUGACUUGGCACAUACCAAAUAGAGUUUUUAAAGUGCUGAAAAUGUUUGACUUUGCAUUUGAAUAUUUUAGUUCAUGAAAUACUUCAGACCUUUCUAAAUUCUCUCUAGUUAAGCUAGGAAGAGACUUACUCCCUUGCAAGCUCUGAGCAGUGUUAUUUCAGACACAUAGGAACCUAGAACAGUAACUGACCUGAUCGUCAAUGAGAGUAGCAGAUGGGAGAGUUAUUGCUGCUAAGAUUUAUCCAACUGCUACAGGGUGAAGUUAAAUUCCUGAAGCUUACCCACUUCCAUUCUUGGCUCUUAUAGCCUUCUGGAUCCCAUCUAAAUGUGUUAAGGAAAACCAAUCUCUUCAGCUAAAUUGUCUAAAUUUUUAGGACUGAACCAAAGCAAGCUAAAUUCCUCACCUAUACAGCUACUUAAAUUACACCAGGAAUUAAUCUGGAAUAAGGCCUUCAAAUGGAAGAAGAGAGUACGUGGGAAUUCUUGAUGUUCCUGUACCCUAAAGACAGAAUCAGCUUGUUAAACCCUCCCUUGCAAUAAGGUGUUGGCCAAACGUACACACAUCCAUGCUAAAUUACUUGGCUUUUAUUGAUCAGCUCAAAGCACUGUACCUAUACAACUAACAAGUGACUUCAAUUACUUGUCUUUAUUUAAGGGAAACUGGAGCAGAGCUGAAAUGAAUGUGAGCAUGACUUGGAGUGCUAUAGCCAGAUCUUCAGCAUCAAAUAGCCAUUCAGCGUGAGUGGUAAUAACUCCCACUAGGGCAUUCUCCAAGGCUACCUGGGAGAAGAUACCUGUUUCUCCCCUACUCCUGAUAUUUUAAAUAGUGGAAAAUCUGUAGUAACAUACACCUGCUAGCUGGUGAAGUCUCCAUUAGCUUGCAAAGAAAGAUACUCCAUAUCCUUCACUGACUUUCACUGUAAAACUUUAAAUAUAGCAGCAGUAUCCUAUUGCAUCUCGACUCCAACUCCACGUAAGUCUCUCUAGGGUACUUACACACCCACCCCUGUGUUGCAUCUGAGCAGCUAAAGAAAAAAAAUUUUUUUUUUUUUUUUUUAAACCAACCAACUGCAUGAGUGGGGACGUACCUCUUCAUUUUACUGGUAGACCGCUGAGACAGAAAUGCCAUUCCAGUGCCUGGACCCCAAGGCCAUCCUUCUGCUGCAGGCUACAUGAAUAUGGCAUUCAGAAGGGACUCUAAAUACAACCCUGCUACUUCUAAUUAACAGGUCCCAACAAGUGUUGUCAAGAGGGAUGAAAGAACAGAGUCAACUUGUCAGGAACUAAUUGAAUUUAGUUUUAAGUAAGUCGCAAGCUCUUUUUCAAACAACUUUUUUUUUAAGUGGGCGGACUGGUUACCUUUGCAGUGGUGACAGGCUUUCAUAGUUUUGUUUUAAAUAGCAUUUGCUAGGUGGCUCUCGGCCUUGUAUUAAAGCACUAACUUAUUUCUUACAAGAGGAGAGAGAGUCUCGACACACAAGUCUGCUCUCCCCCUGAAGCACCAUGUAUUUGCACAGUAAGCCAGAAGGGGAAUAUGAACCAUAGUCAACAUCCUUAUUCUUCCCUCACCACCCAGCCAAACAGGAGGUGAAGGUCUCUUACCUUUCUGGGGGUAGAUGGAGAUCACCACAUACUUUAUUCUCCCUUAGAUUAGAUCCCUUAUAUCAUUCAACCGAAACAAACCAGAUGGACAGGAACAUUGAAUGUUUAAUUUGAAAAUUCUAACUCUGUAAUAGCCAGCAUUAAACAUGUCCUUAAGUAACUUCAACCAAGUGAUCAGACUGUACCGCUAACGUUUUCAGCAUCCCUUAUGCUCUGAAAGAACUGUUAGUUGCCAGGUGCAAAGAUACUCUCUCCAGGUGUUACAUGCAUUGCCUUGUGCUAGCAGAUUCUCAAGCUUUGCAGUUGCCAAUAUUCAAUGUUACUGAAACUGCCUCUGCCUCUUUACCCUUUCCCACUACAUCCAAGCAAAACUAGCAGCAGAUAGAAGGUAGUAUAUACAGGAGGGCAAUGCAAAUGCUGUGUAACAUGCUCUGCCACCAAGCCCAGAGCGUUUGAUAUGCUGAAAGGCAAUGAAAACUCUCAAACCAAGCGUAAUAACAAUGCAAUGCAAUGGUUGAUCACACAUUAGUUAAGCUGUGACCCUUUAAAUUGGCCCUGCUGAUUUAAGAGCCAGGUUAUUUUAGUUGAUUUACCUCAUUUUAUCUAGUUCAAGCUCAGCAUAACUGAAGCUGUUAAUAUUCCAUUGAAGUCACUCUUUCCACGGGUGGCUGAUACUAAGUGAGUCAUUCAAUUCGAAAACUGCAGGCAGCAAGAUUUGCAUCCCCCGCCCUCUUUUUUUUUUUUUUUUUUAAUAGUCUGAUGCCAAUACAUUUUCACUAGGAAAAACUCACCUUUGUGUGGUAGGUGAGUGAGAGACCUAGGAACCCGAGACUGGAAGUUUUGCCUGGGAGUGAAUCUCAACCAUUGUGCCCUUCAACAUGCUCUUGGCUAGCAGACUUGUUUUGAAAUCUCACUUGGAGGAAGUUCUACUGAUGAACAUUGGUGGGUGCCAAGCAGCUGCAUUAACUUAAAAGCUAAAUAUCACAGUUUGCCUUU